GAGUGCGAGGAGGGGGGAGGAGGAGGAAGGAGGAAGGAGGAGGAGGAAGGAGGAGGAAGGAGAAGAGGAAUAGGAAGAGGAUCACUCUCACGCUCUCUCCCUCUACCUACCGCAUCAUCACCAUUAUCUCCCUGUCGCUAUGGAAUCCCAGCGUAGCUUUGCAAGGCCCAAACCUUGUAGUUGAUCAUGCGGUAUCCCUGAAAUCCCUUUCAUAUAUGUGCUUCAGAACAUCGGGUUCUGAACAUUAUGGUGAUUUAGGGUUUGGUUGUUCACCAGACAUGCCCAUGAUAGUGCUUAAAUUCCAUUUCUUCAGGGUAUGAGAGCUAUUUCCAGGAGAUUGAGGGUUUUAAUUCCGAAGACGAGGAAGAUUUUUUUGUGAGCACUGUUUGGAUGAGUGCUAUGAUUGUAGUCGAUUGGAUUGAAACGGGUUAAAGAGUGAGUAUCAUUGGGCUGAAUUUUGUCGCGAGAGGGUUGAACCAGGUUGGUGUCAAUUAAGGGGAGAGAAGGAAUUGGUAGUGUUCAGAAUUGUUUCCCAUUUGAGAGUAUGGCGCUCUUCGGUAUACAAUGCUCCUACGUGACGGAGGAGUGUUUGAAGGAAUGGAAAACUACGAAUACAGCUCGCAAGUUGAAGGGUGCGGUUUCUGCUGCUCGAUUUGUGUUUGAGCUCUGCCAAACCCUGGUUCUUGGGGAGCUACCACUCACAAAAUGCCGAGUCGCACUGGAUGCAGUGAACCUUGCGGAGCCCGCAAGCAAGGAUGGAACCGCAUCUCUUUUAGCAGAUACCAUCGCUCAUUUAGGCCAAGAACUUACAGUUCCUGGUGAACUUCGAAGUCGACUCGUAGAACUUGCAAAGUGGUUGGUGGAUUCAGGUUUGAUACCUGUCAGGUUGCUGCAAGAACGAUGUGAGGCGGAGUUUUUAUGGGAAGCCGAGAUGAUUAAAAUUAAAGCGCCGGAUUUGAAAUCCAAAGAGGUCAGGGUUAACACAAGACUUCUAUACCAACAAACAAAAUUCAACCUUUUGCGAGAGGAAAGUGAAGGAUAUGCGAAACUGUUGACAUUGCUUAGUCAACGAGGUCCGGAUGGACUAGCGCAUGAAAAGGCACCAGCAGUCAUCAGUGCAAUCAAGUCGUUGAUCGGUCAUUUUGAUCUGGACCCAAAUCGUGUCUUUGAUAUUGUUUUGGAAUGCUAUGAGCUGCAACCGGAUAACAGUUCAUUUUUGGAGCUAAUCCCUCUUUUUCCUAAGACGCACACAACGCAUAUUCUUGGGUUUAAGUUCCAAUUUUACCAGCGACCGGAUGUUGAAGAUCCUGCACCAGAUGGCUUGUACAGAUUAGCAGCAGCUCUUGUUAAAGCAAAUUGCAUUGAACUAGAUAGCAUAUUAGCACAUAUGACACCCAAGGAUGAGGAGGCUUUGCAGCAAUACGAGGAGAUCACAAAGAAACGAAUGGAGGAGGCCAAUCGGAUAGGUAAAAUCAACUUAGCUGCGAUUGGAAAGGACCUGAUGGAAGAGGAGAAACCUGGUGAUGUUACAAUAGAUUUAUAUUCAGCGUUGGACAUGGAGAGCAAUUCUUUAUUAGAGAGAUCUGAUGAACUCUCCAGCAAUCAAAAGCUUGGUCUCCUUACUGGAUUUCUACAUGUAAAUGAUUGGCCCCAUGCACAAGUACUAUUUGAACGCCUUGCACCUUUGCAUCCAGUAGCUCAUGAACAAAUUUCCACCGGCCUUAUCAGAGCUAUUGAGAAUGCAAUUGGUCCUUACUAUUCAUAUGUUAGACCUCGUUAUCUGUCGAAAUUGGGCAACGGGAAUGUAGAAGUACGACCAGAGAAUGCUCCAGAGCUUCCCAAGGAAGUUUUUCGAAUGCUUCUGUGCAUUGGCCCUUACCUUCAUCGCAAUGCUCUUCUUUUGCAAAAGGUAUGUAGAGUAUUGCAAGGUUACUACCAGGCGGCGUUGUCAGAUGUGGCUUAUUCAACUUCGAUGGCAAUUGGUCAAAGUAAUGGACAAACAGAGAAACGGCAUCCACGGGAAUUGCUGAAGGAGGCUAGGAUGCACGUUGAGGAGGUCUUAGGAGCUUCUCUUCUACCAUCGCUGCAGCUACUUCCUGCAAAUCCAGCAGUUGGGCUUGCCAUCUGGGACGUUAUGAGCCUUCUUCCGUACGAGGCGAGGUAUCGACUUUAUGGAGAAUGGGAUAAAGAUGAUGAGCGUAUUCCAAUGGUUUUGGCUGCUCGCCAAACUGCUAAGUUGGAUACAAGGCGUAUAUUGAAGCGACUUGCGAAAGAAAACCUGAAGCAGCUAGGUCGAAUGGUGGCCAAAAUUGCUCAUGCAAAUCCCAUGACUGUCCUUCGCACUAUAGUUCACCAGAUUGAGGCCUACAAAGACAUGAUUGCGCCGGUUGUGGACGCUUUUAAAUAUUUAACACAACUGGAGUAUGAUGUGUUGGAGUAUGUAGUCAUCGAGCGGCUAGCACAAUGUGGGCGUGAAAAGCUAAAAGAUGAUGGAAUUAAUGUAUCAGAUUGGUUGCAGUCGCUUGCUUCUUUCUGGGGGCAUUUAUGUAAGAAAUACCCGUCCAUGGAGUUGCGUGGGCUUGUUCAGUAUCUUGUAAAUCAACUCAAACGUGGGGAAGGCAUUGAGCUAAUUCUGCUUCAGGAGUUGAUGCAGCAGAUGGCUAGUGUAGAGUACACCGAGAAUGUGACUGAUGACCAGCUGGAAGCCCUGGCUGGUGGAGAGGCAUUACGAUAUCAAGCAUCAGCGUUUGGUGUUACUAAAAACAAUAAGGCAUUGAUGAAGUCCACAAACAGACUGCGAGACACGUUGCUUUCAAAGGAUGAACCCAAGCUAGCCGUACCUUUGCUUAUUUUGAUUGCUCAGCAAAGAUCAUUUGUGGUGGUCACUGCGGAAGCAUCCUACAUCAAAGUGGUCAGUGAACAGUUUGAUAGAUGCCAUGGCACUCUACUCCAGUAUGUGGAAUUCUUAUUGAGCGCUGUUACUCCUCUUUAUGCUUAUGCACAACUCAUUCCGUCCCUCGAAGAUCUUGUACAAAAAUAUCAUUUGGAGGCUGAGGUUGCUUUUCAUAUUUACAGGCCAAUCAUGAGGUUGUUUAAACCACACAAAUCUUUUGCCUUGGGUUGGCCUGCUGAUGUCACAAAGCCUUCAACUGAAGGUCAAGGGAAGGAUGAUUCGGUCACUGUGACAUCUGAGUUGACAUUGGACCUUGGUUUGAACCAAAAGAGUGUCAAGUGGUCCGAUCUGCUUGAAGUGAUAAAAACCAUGCUUCCAAACAAAGCAUGGAUGAGCCUUUCUCCGGAGCUCUACACUACCUUCUGGGGUUUGACCCAUUUGGAUAUUUAUGUACCGCGAAAAAGGUAUGAAGCAGAAAUAUUAAAGCAGCGAAUUGCACUUAAGGCGCUCGAAGAGAACUCAGAUAAUUCGCAUGCAGCUAUUGCGAAGAGGAAAAAGGACAAAGAAAAAAUUCAGGAAGUUCUUGACAGACUUUCAUCUGAGUACCAGAAGCAGGAAGCAAAUGCUGCAGCUGUGCAUCAGCGGUUGGUAAGAGAGAAAGACGGAUGGUUAGCUUCUUGUUCUGAAUCGUUGAAGAUCAACAUGGAAUUCUUACAACGUUGUAUUUUCCCAAGAUGCGUGAUGAGUAUGAUGGACGCCGUAUACUGUGCAAGAUUCGUGCAGACUAUCCAUAGUCUUGGAACUCCGUUUUUCAACACAAUUAAUCACAUUGAUGCCCUUAUCUGUAAAACAUUGUUACCAAUGAUCUGUUGCUGCACUGAGUACGAGGCGGGCAGGCUUGGUCGAUUUCUAUGUGAAACCCUAAAGAUGGCUUACCAUUGGAAGAGCUCCGAACAAGUCUAUGAGAAGGAAUGCGGCAACAUGCCAGGGUUUGCUACUUUUUACCGGGAUCCAAAUAGCGCACGCGUGACUUUUGAGCAGUACGUUCGGGUUCAUUGGAAGUGGAACUCACGGUUGACGCGCUUGCUUAUUCAAUGCUUAGAAUCUGAGGAGUACAUGGAGAUACGAAAUGGACUCACCGUUUUAACAAAGAUUGCUAGCGUGUUCCCCGUGAUGAAGAAGAGUGGAGCCAACCUCGAAAGAAGGGUCCUAAAGAUCAAAGGAGACGAGCGGGAAGAUCUUAAGGUUUUGGCCACUGGUGUUGCAGCUGCUCUCGCUUCACGCAAGAAUGCAUGGGUUCCUGAAGAAGAAUUUACAAUGGGUUUCGUCGAGCUAAAACCACUCACCGCAAAAGCUGGUACCCAACGAGCAUCGUCCCCUACUGCUUCCUCUGCAGUAUCCGCCGAGGUUGUAGCAAUUUCAUCUAAAGAAACAGGUAACUCUAAACCGGAAACUGUUAAAUCUGUAAAUAAAACAGAUUCGCCAGGAACGUUACCCGCUACAACCAAGGCCGAUAGUUCCAGCAAAGGCAGUUUACUCUCAGCCAAGGCUCCACCCUUUGUGCCCUCUGCUUCGAGUAAUACAGGAAAGUCAACAGUUUCUUAUGAUGGGAUACCCCCUGCUAAUUCCAGCCGCAGUUUUGCGCAAAGUUCUACUAGAAGUGCAGCAGAUGCUCAAUCUCGUGGAGUACAAGCAAAUCAGGCGGCGACUGUUGCUAAAGGGGAGGAAGCGACCUUCAAUCUUUCGAAGACAUCAAAUGCUGCUGAUCCCGAGGUUGGUAGAUCCAGUGCUCGGAGACCAUCUAUGAGUGCCUCGCAUACUUCCAUGAAGGAUGAAACUGCAUCGAACCGAGCAACAGCAGCUACCUCUCCAGGAAAGCCUGAGCGGGAGGUCCGCUCUGAGCCUGGAGGAAGUUCACGUUCUCGCACCUCAUCAGCAGCAGUGAAUGCAAGUAACGGCAGUGCCGGUGGUACCGCAAGUGGUUCAGUGAAGGCUCAAGCUACCGUGUUCAGCAGGGGAGGGGAAAGAGGUAACCAGGAUGGCGGAUCUCGUCGCACUUCAGAUCUAAAAAGUGAUAGUAGCAAAGUCGCCGAACCUGACAUUAAACCGGGAGAUAGGGAACAGAAGAAACCUGAAGCAAAUGAUACGUCCACGAAGGGGCCAGCAUCAAAAUCUCCAGUUCAAAGAGAAGACACUAGUGCCACGAGGUUAGGUUCGGGAGAAGAACUGGUAAGGAUCAGAGAGAAGAGGUUUGCAUCACAGGAUGAUACUGAGCGUGGACAAAAACGGCGAAAAGGACCGCAUGGUAGUAGUGAUAAUAAGGCAGAAGCUGGAGAACUUGUGCGUCCUUCCGAAAGAGAGCGCUUUGUUGAUCAGCGAAUGGCGGAACGGGAUUCUAGUCGCGCACACGAUAUUUUUGAGAAGGGACCACAAGAUCGUACGCUGGAGAGACCACGUGACAGGAGCAAUUUAAGAGGGGCAGAGAGAGCAGUUGAUCGUGGUGAGCGUGACUCUCGGCCUACAGAGCGGGUACCGGACAGGUUAGACAGGGACCGGGGUGAUAACUACACCAGUGACCGUCACAGGGACAGGUCGAUCGAAAUUUUUGGAAGAGAGAGAUCUUUGGAUAGAAAUUUAGACAGGGUCACUGAUCGCGUAUUUGAACGAGGCAGCGAGAGGAUAAGAGAUGACAGGGUAAAGGAUGAACGAAUAAGACAAAGACAUAGUGACCUACCCGGAGAGCAACCUCAUCCAGAUGACCGGUAUCCCAUGCAGAAUCUGCCUCAGAGGCUGCCCCCUCCUCCACCAUACCCUCCAAACACUGAUGGUCUAAACAGGAUUCCAGUUGAGGAGGCACCGCAGGGUCGACCAGGUCGAGGUGUUCAAAUAGGGCUAUCACCACGUCCACAUGAAAAGCUGGACAAGAGGCGUCCAGAUGAUAGCGGAGGUCUGGAGGAGCCCAGAAAGAGGCGGGAUGAUGACGCCCGGAAUCGAAAACGCAUGGACGAUAGGGAAAUGCAGGCUCUCAAGGUGGAUCAAGACAGAGAGCGAGCGAAAGAGAAGGUAGAUCAGAUGAAGGACGAAGACCUGGGUUCAGGUUCAGGAAAGCGACGGCGUAAAUGGCGUGACCCAUCGGCAGCGAAUGAAAUGUUGAGCUUUGCUCCUGCAGGUCCUCUUAUGACCGGCCCUGCCUCUCAAUACGAGGGUCGUGAUCGGGAAAGAAAGGGUGGUCUGCUACCAACUCGUGGAGCUCCCCACAUGGAUGAUACCUCCUAUGACAAGGGUCCAAGCAGUGGGCGUGUUCACGGGAAAGAUGGCUCCAAAGCAUCAAGACGAGAGCACGAGCAUGCGAGGUCUAUUGACAGGGAUUGGGAAGAGGAAAAACGACCUAGAGCAGAAGUGAAAUCACGGCGACAUCACCGCAAAUAAACUUGCUAACGAAGCAUAUCAGUGAAAUAUUUAAUCUUGAGCUUCUUAACUGAUUAUAGUGCCUGUCAAAGUAUCUGGCAUGUUCUUCAGCCUUUUAUAGAAAUUUACGCAAGUGCAGUGUGCAACAGAUUAUUAAUCCAGUUAUCUUGUAUGUCAGAUUCCUGGUCUUUUUGACUUUCAACGUGAAUUAUUAUAGCAUGAGAUAUGUAGACUGAGAACUUGCAUCAAUGUCCAAUUAUUUUUGUGCCAUCUCAAAAUCUAAAAACAUGGAACCUGUCGUAUAUCUUCACAAUA